GAUGGUUGGCUGCCGACUCCCGCGAGAGGGAAUGCGGGCACAUGUGCGUUUUCACAACUUGCUUGGGCCGAUAAGCUCCUCACUCCACUUUGGGACAUUCAGGCGUCGGCAGCCCCAGUGACCAUGUCGGAGAAGGCGACGUUUCACGAGGAUGGCCUCACCGCCCAGCAGCUAAUCGGCCACGGCGACGGGCUCACCUACAACGACUUCCUCAUCCUUCCCGGCUACAUUGAUUUCAACGCUGACGAUGUUGAACUUACAUCCAAGCUCACCAAAAAAAUCACUCUUCAAGCCCCCUUGGUAUCAUCACCAAUGGACACGGUCACAGAGUCGGAGAUGGCCAUCGCAAUGGCGCUGUGCGGAGGCAUCGGCAUUAUUCACCACAACUGUACUCCAGAGCAUCAGGCCAGUGAGGUGAACAAAGUGAAGAAAUACAAGCAUGGUUUCAUCCACGACCCAGUUGUUCUAAGCCCCGACAACUGUGUAGCCGAUGUGUUUGAGGUGAAGAGGACGCAUGGCUUUGCUGGUGUCCCCAUCACGGAUACUGGGAAGCUUGGUGGCAAACUUGUCGGCAUGGUCACUUCCAGGGACGUCGACUUUAUCCCGCCCGAAGACCACAACAAGCGCCUGUCUGAGGUGAUGACCGCGCUAAAGGACCUGGUCGUGGCACCCUCAAAGGUCACCCUGACAGAGGCUAACUCACUGCUUCAAAAGAGCAAGAAAGGCAAGCUUCCCUUGGUGAACCAGCAGGGCGAGCUGGUGUCACUGAUUGCACGCACGGACUUGAAGAAGAGUCGAAGCUACCCGCUGGCCUCCAAGGACGAAAACAAGCAGUUGCUGGUGGGUGCAGCGAUUGGCACCCGGGAGGCUGACAAGCACCGACUGGAUCUCCUAGUCCAAGCUGGGGUGGACGUCGUCGUGUUGGACUCUUCACAAGGCAACUCCAUCUACCAGAUCACCAUGGUGAAGUACAUCAAGAACAAAUACCCAAACCUACAAAUCAUCGGCGGUAAUGUUGUCACAUCUGCUCAGGCAAAGAACCUCAUUGACGCUGGAGUCGACGGUCUUCGUGUUGGCAUGGGCUCCGGCUCCAUCUGCAUCACCCAGGAAGUGAUGGCGUGUGGAAGACCACAGGCUACAGCGGUGUACAAGGUGGCAGAGUACGCAAGGAGGUUUGGCGUACCUGUGGUUGCGGAUGGCGGUGUCAGCUCUGUGGGCCACAUCAUCAAGGCCUUGGCCCUGGGUGCUUCCACUGUCAUGAUGGGUUCCAUGCUGGCGGGCACAACUGAGGCCCCCGGUGAGUACUUCUUCUCCAAUGGGGUGCGUCUCAAGAAGUACCGUGGCAUGGGAUCCCUUGAUGCAAUGGACAGUGCCAAGGACAGUGGCAGCCUGAACCGAUACCAUCAAAGCGAACAGGACAAGGUCCGGGUGGCACAGGGAGUGACAGGCACCAUUGUUGACAAAGGAUCAAUCCACCGCUACGUGCCGUACCUCAUCACUGGCAUCAGGUUUGGCUGCCAGGACAUUGGCACUCGCAGCCUGGAAGUGCUCAAGACAAACAUGUACUCGGGUGACAUCAAGUUUGAGAAGAGAUCAGUCUCUGCUCAGGCUGAGGGUGGAGUGCAUGGCUUGUACUCGUUUGAGAAGAAGCUGUACUGAGCCAGGCCCCUUCGUAAAAUGGCAAGAACUCCUGUGAAGCCGCCCAUGCUGACCAACAUUCCCAUAGAGCAUCGAUGCCAUGAAAAGACACACAAAGCAGAAGCCAGGCCAUGGAGAGAAGAAACUUUUGGACGUGUAUUUAGAAUAGCAUUCGGUUUUUUACUGCGGCCGAACCAUGUGGUACAAUGCCCGAUCGAUGCAUUGCUGCAAAAAUAGCCUUCUAUGCCGUCUAUGCGGAGAAAAUCGAGCCACAAUGUUGAUUUAGUUAUAUUGUUAAUAUCUUUAUUUUUAAUGCGUUGCGUAUGUUUUGGUUCACAUUCCAUUGGAGAGCUGAAUUUUGUCGUUUCUGCCCUUGCACUUCAGUUUUCUUGACAAUAGGCAACAUAUAUAGGAAUCAUGUGAACGGGUGAUAUGUUUCACUGUGUACAGUGAAUGUUUAUGAAUUUCCUCGAAUAUCCUGCCGAGACAUGAAGCAAACGACGUCAAUUAUGGAUGACAUUACCGUCAAACAAUGCCAUCUAUGUCUUGUUUUCGUUAGAUAUUUUGUAAAGAGCUGUACAGAGAAGGCACUAAAUGUGCAGAAAGGCACAAGGCUCGGUGUUGAGGCAGCUGGGAAGCAUACUGAAAAUCAUGACGGCUGUACCUACUGUUUCGUUAUUUUUUAUAUUGUGCCAUCCGAAUAAAGUUUACAAGCAAUUGAAAA